AUGGAGGAAACCAACAACAACAGCUCUGAAGAGGGAUUUCUUCUCCUUGGAUUUUCAGAUCAGCCCCAGCUAGAGAGGUUCCUUUUUGUCAUCAUUUUGCACCUUUACAUCUUAAGCCUUUUGGGAAACACUGCCAUCAUACUGGCGUCUUACCUGGACCCCAAACUCCACACGCCAAUGUAUUUCUUCCUCAGCAACCUCUCCUGUGUGGACAUCUGCUUUGCCACCAGCGUUGCCCCCCCACUGCUGGUUACCAUGAAUAUGGAAGACAAGACCGUGAGCUAUGGCGGAUGCGUGGCCCAGCUCUACGUGGCCAUGGGGCUGGGGUCGUCUGAGUGCAUUCUCCUGGCAGUCAUGGCUUAUGACCGCUAUGCUGCUGUCUGCCGGCCCCUGCAUUACACAGCCAUCAUGCACCCUAGGCUCUGUGCAUCCCUGGCCGGCGCAGCGUGGCUCAGUGGCCUCGUCACCUCCCUAAUUCAGUGUUCCCUUACUGUACAGCUGCCUCUUUGUGGUCAUCGCAAACUGGACCACAUUUUCUGUGAGGUGCCAGUGCUCAUCAAACUGGCCUGUGUGGACACAACUCUCAACGAAGCAGAACUCUUUGUGGCCAGUGUAGUCUUUCUAAUUGUCCCUAUGUCACUCAUCUUAGGUUCCUACGGCUUUAUAACCCAAGCCGUGCUAAGAAUCAAAUCAGCUACAGGCCGCCAGAAGGCUUUUGGGACAUGUUCCUCUCACCUGGUGGUCGUCAUCAUUUUCUAUGGGACCAUCAUCUUCAUGUACCUGCAACCAGCCAGAAGUAGCUCCAAAAACCAGGGGAAGUUUGUUUCUCUUUUCUAUACCAUAGUCACUCCACUUUUAAACCCCAUUAUCUACACUCUGAGAAACAAAGACGUGAAAGGGGCCUUGAGGGUGCUGAUGGCGGGCCGCACCACAGGGACCGACCGAAGACCCAGAGCUCCCUGA